AUCAGUUUCAAAGAACAACUUCUCUACUCUUGAGCUCCAUCCAGCAUUCUCAAAACAACUUUCAAGUUACAACACUUGCAACUAUAACUUCUUUUAUACACAACCACACCACAACUCCAAAUCAAGCAAUGGCAUUCUUCCUUACUCCGCGCUUUGCGCCCGCUUACCAACAGCAAGCCUGCAGCCCAUUCAACUUCUGCGCACCAGUGCAACGUCCUUCAUAUCGCCGCGUCGUCUCUCGGCCAGCAUUCCCAUCCUUUGCGCCUUUCUUGAGUCAGGUCGAUGAUCUUCUCACUGAGCUUGACCGCGAGGCUCGUCGGGCACAGCAUCAGCAACGCCAGCAACGGAAGCGUGCAUUCCGAGCUCGCUUUGAUGUCCGCGAGAAUCAGGAAGGCUACGAAGUUCAGGGCGACAUCCCCGGCUUUGAGCAGGAGCACAUCUCCAUUGAAGUUACGGAUGAGCACACCUUAAAGAUCACUGGAAACACUGAGACCACCAAGACUUCGGAACAACCCGCAGCACCAGAGCAAGCUCCCACGGAGCCGCAACAGUCCACUGAGGCUGAGAAGACAAAGGAUGCCGAGAUGGAUGGAGUCACUCUGAAUGAGCCCGAGACGGUGGAAAGCGACACCUCAUCCCAGAAGUCAUACCAGGCAACCGUUGAAGACGACUUCGAAGAUCUAGGUGCUGAGACCUCAUCCACAAUCUCCGAACAUUACACGCCUACCGAAGACAAGACGCCCAAGGAGCCCAAGGGCAAGGAGAAGGCUGUUGAAACGACAGACAAUGCAGAGGCAACAGUUCAGCCUGUAGCGCAACCCCAGAGUCCAACUGAGUCUCAGGACAGAGAGUUGGUGAAGGAAAGGAACCAUGGUUCUUUCGAGCGGACUUUCCGCUUCCCGGAGCGUAUCGAUGCCGGCAACGUCCGUGCUGCCUUGAGGAACGGAGUGUUGUCUAUCACUGUGCCCAAGGCACCUGCCCCAACGAUCAGACAGAUCACCAUCCAAUAGUGGGAAAGUGGAUCAUAAUUACAUAUAAUAAUGUUUGGC